CUCAUCGUCCAUUCGUUUCUUUUCCUUCAUAAAUCCGUCUUUCAAAGCAUUUUCUUUUAGUUUGUUCCCAUUAAUCUUUUACUCUUUCUUCCAUGCAUGCAUGAAUCUUCUAAUUUGAUCAAGCAUUUUAUUUGGUGAUAUAUACAACCUAAAAUAUAUGGCAACUACGAAAGGAAAAGUUAGUAGCAGUACUCUUGGGAAGGAGAAGAGGACUGCAGUCCCUUCAAAUUCUCGAACCGCCUCUGCCGCCGCAGCCGCCACCACCACCAAAAGUCGUGCCAAUACAGCCACUACUACAAGCUCUACACAUCAUAAAGCUUCUUCUUCGUCUACAACUGAUAAAAAACAUGGCCCAAGCUACCUCAAGCCUACAAUAAGCUCACGCACUGAGUCUUUCAAAUACGUGAUCAAGAAAUCUGGCCCUGAAGACACCCAACAGAAGGCCACUCCCACUUACAUCAGAAGAAGAUCCUUUGACAAGCCACAAUCGGAUUCCAGACUGCGUAGUGCACUUGUCUCCCCCGGCCCUCGAGUCAGAACACUAACUGUUCGUUCUACCUCUUUUUCACCUAGAAGCACUGCCACUUCUCUGGAACCCUCUGGGGAGAGGACUCCAAAAAAGACAUUAAUCAAGGCUGGAAGACCACAGGCUUCCCAUGCGAAGACCAUGAAGAAGAGCACGAACCCUGUCGCUAAGAAGGAAAUUAGUGCUGCUUCUGUUUCGACAGAAGCUCCCAAGAUUAAUGUCGAUACAACGGACUCGUUGAGUCAUCAAAGUGUGGAAGACGGUGGAGAUUUUUUGGUUUGUGAGGUUGAGGAAGUGGCAAAGGUGGAAGGUGAGGGUGCAGGUGAAGUGCUAAAAUACGAAAAUGAUCAGCAAACUGAUGUUGCAGACUCUGAAGUCAAUAAUGGAGAAGAUGAUGAGAAACACGAGUCUUGUAACAUCCCAGAAGUUUCAGAAGAAAUGAGUACAAAUUUGGAUGCUCAGAUUGAAGAAGAUGGAGAUAAAAUACCAGAAGAAGAGGCUGAGAAUCCACCCGAAGGAGAAGUGGAUAAUGGAAGCAAAGAUGAAAGAAAUGAGAGUCACCAAGAAGAGAGUACUGUGGCAAGCGAGGCAAGAGUUGAGGUCAAAGAAGAUAUUAAAGGAGAAGAUCAGGAUGCGGAAGACAGAGAUUCUGGCGAUGAAAACAAGAAUAUUGAGGACAACUCGGUGGACGAGAAGGAAGGGAUGGACGGAGAAAGUGAAGGGCUUAAUUCCAAGGAAGGAGAAGAUGUACUUGAGGGUGGAGCAGAAGAAACAAAGCCAGUGGUAGCAGCUAGUACGGCAUCAUCGAAUCGCCAAGUCGGACGGGGUAAGAAAGAAUCUCAGGCAUAUAAUGAUGUGAUUGAGGAGACUGCAAGCAAGCUGUUGGAGGAGAGGAAGAACAAAGUGAGAGCACUGGUUGGGGCAUUUGAGACGGUCAUAGAUAAAGAAGCCUCAUCAAAAUGAAACCGAUAUUCAAUAAAUAUGAAUUCUCUUCGGUCGGUUUGACAUAAUUAAACUACAAUACCUACGUAUACUAUGAGAUUUGACAAACACAAACACAAACACAUGCAAUGUGACAGAAAAAUUAAGGGAAAAAAUGGAGUGAAGAUCAGAAGUUCUUAGAUAUGGACAUGAAACUAUCUAAUAAAUUAACCACAUCGUAUGGACGGGGGGAUCAAGGUUGCUGGCCUAUGUUUAUUCCUUUCCCCAGUACUGGUAAAUUGUUGUAUAAUACUGCAUUUUAAUUAGAGUACGAAUCAA